CGCUGAGUCGCACAGAGGCAGAGGCUUGGGUGCGUUCAAGAUUCAGCUUCACCCGUAACCCACCGCCAUGGCCCAGGAAGGCAUUGCUGCUGGAGGUGUAAUGGAUGUUAAUACUGCUUUACAAGAGGUGCUGAAGACCGCCCUCAUCCACGGUGGCCUAGCACAUGGAAUUCGCGAAGCUGCCAAAACCUUAGAAAAGCGCCAGGUCCAUCUUUGUGUGCUUGCAUCCAACUGUGAUGAGCCUGUGUAUGUCAAGUUGGUGGAGGCCCUUUGUGCUGAACACCAAAUCAACCUAAUUAAGGUUGAUGACAACAAGAAACUAGGCGAAUGGGCAGGCCUCUGUAAAACUGACAGAGAGGGGAAACCCCGUAAAGUGGUUGGUUGCAGUUGUGUAGUAGUUAAGGACUAUGGCAAGGAGUCUCAGGUCAAGGUUGUCAUCGAAGAGUAUUUCAAAUGCAAGAAAUGAAGAAAUAAAUCUUUGGCUCACAAAAAAAAUAAAAAAAAUAUAUAA